UACAAAGGUGGUCUCCGAUAUUUAAAAAUGCGGGACCCACAUAAAAGAUGCUUUGUGAUCGGGCGAUGGAUGGAUUGGGGGCUUAUUUACCAUUCAUCUGCAAUCCAUUUAACGGUAAUCGGUCUCCAGCUGCGGCUCUUUCAACCUGCAAACUAAUCUUGCAGGGAUGGCCUUUGUUACUCCUGGAAGUAUUACAAAUGCUGUGAAAAGGGAGUGACUUCCUCUGUGGGUAUUUCGGCUCUUCCACAUCUUCGAGCUAGGGAGAGAGUUUUUGAUGGUUCGGUGAGAGAACUCACAACAUUGACAUGAAGAUCAAAAAGCCACCAACAAGGAGGGCAUCAAGAUCAUCAACAACAAUUUUCUCGCUUUGUUCCGUGCUUUUGAUCUCAUUAUCAUUGGAAGCCUCUUCAUCUUCAAUUCAAGAUAAUUUUGUCCAAUGCCUUACCAACCAUUCCUAUGCUUCUCAUCCAAUCUCUGAAGUAAUAUACCUUCCAAACAAUGCCUCAUUCAAAUCUGUUCUUCAAUCCAAAGUAAGAAAUCUAAGAUUCAUGACACCUUCAACACCGAAACCGCUUGUCAUCGUAGCCGCCAAGAAUGAAUCCCAUGUCCAACACACAGUUCUUUGUGCCAAAAGUGUUGGCCUAGAGAUCAGAAUCCGAAGUGGAGGGCAUGAUUUUGAAGGAGUUUCCUAUGUAUCCCGUAAACCAUUCAUCGUCCUCGACAUGUUUAAUCUUCGAUCAAUAGACAUCGAUAUAGCAAGUGAGACUGCAUGGGUUCAAUCUGGUGCAACUCUUGGUGAAAUAUAUUAUGGAAUUGCAAACAAAAGCAAAUACCAUGCUUUCCCUGGUGGCGUUUGCCCUACACUUGGUGCGGGUGGACAUUUUACUGGUGGUGGAUAUGGGAAUUUAAUGAGAAAAUUUGGCCUUUCCGUUGACAACAUCAUUGACGCAAAGAUAGUUGAUGCAAAGGGAACAAUUCUUGACAGAGAAUCCAUGGGAGAAGAUCUUUUCUGGGUCAUUAGAGGAGGAGGUGCAUCGAGUUUUGGAGUCAUUCUUUCAUGGAAGAUUAAGCUGGUUAAAAUUCCUUCCACUGUGACAGUUUUCCGAGUAGAGAGGACUUUAGAACAAGGUGCUACCGACAUUGUUUUACAGUGGCAAAAAGUUGCUGAUAAGCUUCAUGAAGAUCUUUUCGUGAGAUUGGUCAUUCAACUCGUAAAUGCAAGCAAAGAAGGUGAUGAAAAAACUAUUAAAGCAAGUUUCAUUGCUUUAUUUCUUGGACAAUCAAAAUCGCUUCUAAACUUGAUAAAGCAGAGCUUCCCUAAACUGGGUUUACAACGAAAAGAUUGCAUCGAAAUGAGUUGGGUCGAAUCAAUUCUUUACUGGGCGGAUUUUCCAAAUGGAACUGCUCCGGAAGUUUUGCUUAUUGAGAAUUCAACCGAAAUAAUAUUCUUCAAACUGAAAUCUGACUACGUGAAAGAAAUUAUUCCGAGAGAUGGUUUGGAAGCAAUAUGGAAGAAAAUGAUUGAAAGCGGAGGAGUACGAAUGCAAUGGAAUCCUUAUGGUGGGAAAAUGAGUGAGAUUUCGGAGUCGGAAACUCCUUUCCCACAUCGGAAAGGUAACGUAUUUAAGAUCCAAUACAGUGUGGGUUGGAGGGAAGAUGGUAGUGAGACCACAACCAACAGGUAUUUGGAUUUGAUAAAAGAAUUUCAUGAAGCCAUGACUCCUUUUGUGUCAAAGGAUCCAAGGGAAGCUUUUCUCAAUUACCGGGACCUUGAUAUUGGAACUAGUUCUACGGGUAAAUACAAGGAAGGAAGAGUUUAUGGGACCAAGUAUUUCAAAGGAAAUUUUGAUCGACUGGUUAAAGUAAAGACAAUGGUUGAUCCUGAUAAUUUCUUUAGAAAUGAACAGAGUAUCCCUACUAGUCCAUAGGAAUAAGUAAGGACAGUAUUGAAAGAUUUGCUUGACCGUCUUUUAGGAAAAAAAGAAAAAAAGAAAAAAAAGAAUUAAAAA